AUGAGCAGCGGCCCUAAUGAUUGGGCUAGCGACAUCUUGUUGAAUAAUUUGUCGAAUAGCAACGACGACAAUAGCGAUGAAGAAAACAAUAACCAAGUUCAUGGGAGUAGUGAAAAUACUCCAAGUGAUUCCAUAAAUAAUAUGGAAGAGGACGAUGGAGACGAUCCUCGUCCGAAUCUUCCAUGGCUUCCAACCAUAAACAAAUUUAAUCCGAUAUUCGGGAAUAUCAUUGCUUCAAAAAUAAGGGCAACCUUUAACUAUAAACAAGAUGUUGAAGGUAGUAAUUGGAAGGGUGUCGCCACACCCACAAAAGAUUUUUAUUUUAAUGAAUUCAAGAAACAAUAUAAAUGGGACCCUCGCCUCGAACAUUUCGUUCGGAGGUCCUGGAAGGAAAAAGCUGCAAAGCGUUAUGCGGAUAUGCUUUUCAAAUGGCGCAGGACGUUGAAAAGCAAGCCUGAUUUUAAACCUCCUUCCAUCGAUAAUGAGACGUGGGCGCGAUGGAAAGCUGAUUGGGAACGCUUAGAUAAUAAAGCUGUUUCGGCUAGAAAUUCCUCCAAUCGACGUGGAGGAAGAGACAAAGAUGAAGCCACCCAUAUAGGUGGCUCAGUCUCGCACGCUAGAACAAUGCGAGAUUUGCCUACACAACCUGAUUAUGAUGCCAUCAUUCAACAAAGGUUUGCGGAUUUAGAAGCAUGGCAAAUGGAGUUCAACAAUCAAUUAUAG